AUGAAAUUUGAUCUGUCUUUCUGGAUUACAAGCUUGUAUUACACGAUUUGUAGAGCGAGUGGUGGCGGUGACAAAGGUGGUUUUAAUCGUGGUGGACGAGGUGGCUUUGGACGGGGAGGUGGAAGAGGAGGCUUCAACAGAGGCGGAUAUGACCAGGGGCCUCCAGAAAGGGUAGUUUUAUUGGGAGAGUUCAUGCAUCCGUGCGAAGAUGACAUUGUUUGUAAAUGCAAAACAGAAGAAAACAAGGUGCCUUAUUUCAACGCCCCAGUGUACUUGGAUAAUAAAGAACAGAUUGGCAAAGUGGAUGAAAUUUUCGGGCAGCUAAGAGAUUUUGGCCUUGUGCGGUGCCCUGUGGGCCUUGUGCGGUGCCCUGUGGGCCUUGUGCGGUGCCCUGUGGGCCUUGUGCGGUGCCCUGUGGGCCUUGUGCGGUGCCCUGUGGGCCUUGUGCGGUGCCCUGUGGGCCUUGUGCGGUGCCCUGUGGGCCUUGUGCGGUGCCCUGUGGGCCUUGUGCGGUGCCGGGGCAAGGCGCUGUGGUUGCGCGCCGAGUCUGGUCUCGAUUUGUGCCGCUCCUUCGCGGGGCUGGAGGGUGGCACGUUCAACCCUCAUACAGGUGAGCGAAGAACGUGCCCGUCCCCGCUGCUCACUUUUUACACGUAG